GAUCCGUUCACGCAUUAGCGUAAGUUAGCUGAACACGACAUUAUUUCAGCACCCUUUUUAAGCUGAUUAAGCGCUAAAAUAAUAGAAGCAGAUAAAUAAGCGUCUAUGCCUCUAUAUUCUAUCGCAUAUUAAUGUCGAUUGAGCCUCUAGCUCACGCGCGUUGCCUAGUGGUUUAGCUUCGUAGAGGGUACUCUCUGAUGCAGGCGGCGUUAGCGUACGAAGCUUCACAUCAAGCUUCACUAUCACCCUAUCAGGAUCAUGCGGUACUAGACCAGUGCCGUGAAAGCUUGCGCAGAUAGUCUCCUUUAUAUCAGACUACAUGUAGGCUGCGUAGAAGGCUGGUAGGAACUCUAGCUUGGUGACAUGGUUGAUGUGAUCGCGAAUCAGGCCCUCGAUCUGGCGGCUAUAUGCGCGCUUCAACGGCGAGAAGCAGCCAACGUCAAGUGGCUACAGGAGGUGCGACGAAUGUGGCGGCAUGCAGAGAGAAUGGAUAUUGUUCUCCUUGCAGAGCGGGUUGGGAUGGCAGGAAUGGCCAGCGGCUGCAUUGGUGUUACAAGGACGCUCAUUGUAGAGAUCGUUCCUCAAGACCGCUUACAGCCAAGAGCCUUCAGCCUUCUCCCUCUACUCUGGACGGCUGGUGCAAUCUUGGGCCCUACACUCGGGGGAGCGCUCGUCCAUCUCACAGAAUACUAUACUUCCGUCUUCGGAAGCAGCGUAACGUGUUUACAAGCGAGCUGCGAAUACAAGCGAGCUGCGAACCCCACCAACUUUCUCCGACGCGUCACCUAUCAACCAUAAUGGCUCAACCAACACUUAUUCAAUUGCCCUAUAAUGAAGCAGAUAUCUCCCUAGCUAUCUUAGCUAUCAAUCAGAAUUAGAUCCAGAGCGUUAAUCGUGCUGCAGCAACAUUUAACGUUCCUGAAAGCACGCUUCGUAGCCAACGCGCUGGAACUAUUGCGCGACGCGAUUGUGAGCCUAAAUUAAAGAAGCUUACUAAGCUAGAAGAGGAGGUUAUUAUUAAGCAUAUACUUAACCUAGAUUCGUGAGGCUUUGCGCCUACUCUAGGUGCUGUAUAAGAUAUGGCGAAUAAGCUGCUCGCUGAGCGUCAC